CUCCAGUCUGCCUUCCUGACUGACAACUCUCGUCGUGAACAUCUGACAGUGGUCUCGCGCGUCCACUUUGACUGACCAGGAGCUAGCUGGAAGCUUCUGAUACGCCGGGUGAGUGAUUUUGUUUACUACUGGUCUGAGUCAUUUUCGGAGCUAUCUACUGCAAGUCCUCAGUAUAUCUACCCAAUCGCCCAGACCACGUACCCUGGGUUCUUGGAACGAGGACCAGGCUCACAGCUAUAUCAAUUGCGUUGCUGUCACCUCGCUCGGCUGGGAUACUCAUACUAAAUUCUCGCUUUCUAACCUAGGAAGCCCCAAUGGCUAUUCCUGCGCAGUCCGCGGCCACCACCACUAUGGCGACCUUCACCCGCAUGGUGAAGGGCCAGGUGCGCCAUUACUCCGCACCGCUCGACAUGGCCAUUCCUGCCUCCAAGCAGAAGUACAUCCCUUCGUCCGGCUCCUACCCCAAGGGCUUCUCUGUAUCGGGGACCCACGUCGGCGUGAAGGCCUCCAACACCAAAUUCCCCGACCUGGCCCUAAUCUCCUCCGAGACUCCCUGCUCCGCAGCCGCAGUCUUCACCACCAACAAGUUCCAGGCCGCCCCCGUGCAGGUCAGUCGCAAGAUCCUGCAGACACGCCAGGGCCAGGGCAUCCGCUCCGUGGUGAUCAAUUCCGGAUGUGCCAACGCCGUGACCGGCAAAGGCGGACUCGAAGAUGCGACCAACAUGGGAGCCAAGGUGGAUGAAUGCCACGGGCUCAGCGGCGAGGAACCCAGCACGCUAGUGAUGAGCACCGGCGUAAUCGGACAGCGUCUCCCGAUCUCGAAGAUCCUCGCCAAGAUCCCCACGGCGCACUCGACCCUCUCCUCCACGCACGACGCCUGGCUCAGCACCGCCCGCGCGAUCUGCACGACCGACACCUUCCCCAAGCUCCUGUCCACGACGUUCACGCUCCCGUCCUCGCCGGGCCGCACCUACAACCUGGCCGGCAUGACCAAGGGCGCCGGCAUGAUCCACCCCAACAUGGCGACGCUGCUGGGCGUGCUCUGCACCGACGCGCCGAUCACGGCGCCCGCCCUGUCCGCCCUCCUCAAACACGCCGUCUCGCGCUCCUUCAAUGCCAUCUCCGUCGACGGCGACACUAGCACCAACGACACGAUCGCCAUCCUCGCCAACGGCGCCGCCGGUGGCGCCCCGAUCACCCACCCCAACCGCUCGGACGACUACACGGCCAUGCAGGCGGUGCUCACGGACUUCACGCAGCGACUGUCGCAGCUGGUCGUGCGCGACGGCGAGGGCGCCACCAAGUUUGUGACUGUCCGCGUCCAGAACUCCCCCUGCUACGACUCCGCCAAGCUCAUCGCCAGCACCAUCGCCCGCUCCCCACUCGUCAAGACCGCCCUCUACGGCCGCGACGCUAACUGGGGCCGCAUCCUCUGCGCCGUGGGCUACACUCAGGGCGUCAAGGAUGGCGUCGUCGUCCCCGACCGCACCAGCGUCAGCUUCCGGCCCCUCGACGGCAGCCCCGAGCUGAAGCUGCUCGUCAACGGCGAGCCCGAGCAGGUCGACGAGGCCCGCGCCGCUGUCAUCCUCCAGGAGGAAGAUCUCGAGAUCGUCGUCGAUCUCGGCGGUGGCGAGCAGGGCGACAAGGGUCGCGGCGGCGAGGAGGCCGUCUACUGGUUCUGUGAUUUCAGUCACGAGUAUGUCACUAUUAACGGCGAUUAUCGCACUUGAACGACCCAACAAGAUUUGAGGGCAAGUUGAGAAGGUGGAUGAGGGAUUGUUCGAUGUUUUUGUUUCAUCAUGGCCAAAACCGCAGAUAGAAUGCUGGAGUCAUCGUUUCUUAUUUAUAUUAUGAUGCGUCUUCUAAUAUGACUGAUGCCCC